AUGGACGAACCGCCACCCGCGUCCAAUCAUUCAGAGGCCUCGGCUGCCGCCGACCCUUUUGAACAAUUUCAGAGUUGGUUUUCUAUUCUGUUUUGAUUUUUGGCCGCAUUUGGAAUGGCUUGAGGUGUCGCGCUGACAUUUUCAUGUCAUCUUGCGUAAACCGUUUUAGGUCGGGUGCAACUUCAAGGAACGGGAUUGUGUCGCUUUGAGUCAUUCCAAGUGCGGUCAGCAUUAGUGUAAAAGUCUAAAAACAACUUUUUUUCUAUUUUGAUUUCUGGACGCAUUUGGAAUGGCUUUAGGCGUUGCGCUGAUAUAAUAAUGUCUUAUCGCGCAAACCAUUUCAGGUCGAACGCAAGUUCAAGAAACGAGAUUGUGUCGCUUUGAGUCAUUCCAAGUGCGGUCAGCAUUAGUUUUCAAGUCCAAAAAACGUUUUUUUGUCUAUUCUGAUUUUCGGCCGCAUUUGGAAUGGCUUGAGGCGUCGCGAUAUUUUAUGUCGUUUCGCGUAAACCGUUUUAGGUCGGGUGCACGUUCAAAAAGAGCCGCAACGCGACCACGUUUUUAGUAAUUUUGAGUGCGGUCAGCAUUAGUUUUCGAGUCCAAAAACGUAAUUUUCAGUCAUUUUUUGUACAGAACCAAUGUUUAAAAAUCCGAAUUUCACAGUUUGGCUUAACCGCAACGCGACCGCGACGCCUGAGCCAUUCCAAAUGAACAAGCUGUUCCAUUUGGAGAAAAAUGAAUAAUUAUGUCUUUUAUAGGUUUGAAAAACAUUAGGAAAAAUGAAACUUUAGAUCAUUUUUUUUGUAUAGAAAAAACCUAGAGAAUGCCUUUUUUUUAGUAAUUCAAGGAUCAAAAUUAAGAAAACUUCCUUAUGGCGCAUUUAGAAGCCGGGAAAAAUCAAUAAUUCAAAGCUUAGUGUUCCUUUUUUCCGUCAAGGAAAUGAGAUUGCCAGGAAUUAACCAUGAAAGAAAAAAGGACGGAAAAUUGGCUUCGAAACGAUGGUCUUUUUGGCUUUUCCUUCUGUUUUUCGCAUUAAAAAUGAGAUUCCAAAGUGUAGAUUUUCCCAUGGAAAGGUUCUUGCAAAAGUUCAAAGGGUGGGCCUUGAACUUUGGUCGUCAUUUCUAACAAAGAUCCGGCUAACCCACUAGACUAUGUAAUUAAUUGGGGAGGAACGGCAAUUUUUUCGCCUCUUUCUUUUUGAAUAUUUCUUCUCUAGUCGAGCAGAAAUAAUUUGGAACGAGUAAUUGGGUUCUUAGAAAUGGAUCGAAGGUUCUAGGAAUUCUUUGAAGUUUUUAAUUUUUGUGAUUUUUGAAAAAAAAACGUCACCUCUAGUCUUCUCUAGAAAAGGUACUCAAAAACUCCCAUUGCGUCCGAAAUUUGAAAAAAAAGCUCGAAGAGCCAAUAUUUUGAAUAGUAAAGAAGCAUUACGACGCUCCAAAAGACGGCUUUUCAAAUUUGGCGCCACAAAAAUCCAGCCUUGAUUUUUUUAAGCCUGAUUUUUUGAAUUAGUGAAAUAAAAAAUACGAAGCUCCAAAUGACGCUUUUUUCAACUUCGCGCCAAAUUUUUCUGCUUUAAAAAGAACUGCAGAAGAUAAAUAAUGUCACUUUGAAUCCAAAAAGUCAAAGAAAGCCUAAAAAAUUGUUUUUACGAAGCUCCAACUUACGCGCUUUUGAAUUUGGCGCCAAAUUUUUUUUUGCUCUUAUUUUUUCAAUAUUUCUCCAGUUUUUUUUGUCAUUCUCAGUACAUGAUAUAAUAUAGGAGUUCAAAAAAAUUUUUGAAAAAAAUACAAUAAAACUUGAAAAAAAUUUUUAUUCGGAAGGAAGUUUUACGAAGCUCCAACUUACACCAUUUUGAAUUUGGCUCCAAAACUUUUUUCCUCUCAUUUUUUAAAAGUUCUUCAGUUUCUUUUUGUCAUUUACAGUACAUGGUAUGAGUUCAAAAAAAUUUUGCAAAUUACAAUAAAACCUAGAAAUUUCAUUCGGAAGGAAGUUUUACGAAGCUCCAACUUACACCAGUUUGAAUUUGGCGCCAAAUUUUUUUGCUCUUAUUUUUUCAGAAUUUCUCCAGUUUUUUUGUCAUUCACAGUACAUCAUAUGAAUUCCAAAAUGAUUCAAAACACAAUGAAACUUGAAAAAUUUUAUUCGGAAGGAAAUAGUACGAAGCUCCAACUUACACCAUUUUGAAUUUGGCGCCAUUUUUUUUUGCUCGUUUUUUGCUUAUUUUUCAGUUUUUUUUUUCAUUUACAGUACAUGAUAUGAUAUACGAGUACAAAAAUGUUGUAAAAUACAAAGAGUUUGAAUGAGAAGGAAGUAGUACGAAGCUCCCAAUUACACCUCCUCUUCAAAUUUGACGCCAAAGAUGAGCUUUUGACCUUCCGCUUCCAAAAAAGGCCAAACAACAAUUAAAAAAAUGAUCGAACGCCUCUCUUAAUGGAAAAAGCGACUUUUUUUUGGAAAUUUAUGAAAAAGCCAUUUUUGGUUCUGUUUUGACGUGCAGAUGUCACUGGCAGGGUUUCCCCAAUUUUUUUCGGGGUCCAUUUUUUCCCGAAAUUUGAUCAACGGAAGCUUCUCUUGCAUACUAAACUCUCAAUUUUCUGGAAUUUUUUUCGAAUAAGUUUUUCCCAGGAAACUUCCUGGGUUAGGUCAAAGUUACAAUUCAUUUUGAAAAUUUUCGAAUUUUUCACGACAAAAAAAAAUGUUCUUUGACAUUUUAACACUUGUAGGUCAUUUCCGGCCGAAAUCACCCAGGUGGAAUUUUUACCUUUCGUCACUUUUUUUUCUCGUCAUUCUGAAUAUCCCAAGAGUUUCUUUGGCCAUUUUUAAGCUUCAUUAGUUAUUCGUCAUUUUUUGAUAAUUUUUUUGUGAUGUUGAAUCUCGUGGUAAUUUGGUGUUGAUUUUCAUUACCAAAAAAAAAGAUAAUCGAAAAAAAUUAUCAAAGAAUCACUAAAUUAAGCUUUUCAAGUGCUCUUUGCGCCGCAUGAGCCAUUCAAAAUCGGUAGAAAUUCCAGAAAAAAUAUUUUUUUCAGUAGUGAGACUUUUUCCUGUGACGAUGUUCAACAGAAAAGUGUAGUUUUCAGCUUUUUUUUUCUCAUUUUUUGAUCGAUUUUAUCAUGUAUUUUAUAAAUUUACUGUGUUUUUUUGAAGCAGAGAUAGCGAUGUUAUUGAAGAGACGCAGACGCGUUGUUAGACCCUUUUCUGUCUAGUGCUCUCCUCUUUUUCAACACUCUCUAACCAUUCAAUAUUUUCAUUGGUCCUGAAGGGAUGGAAGUGGAAAUAACACUGUUUUUGAAGAGACGCAGACGCGUUGUGAAACCCUUUUCUGUCUGACGCUCUCCUCGUUUUCAACACUCUCUAACCAUUCAAUAUUUUCAUUGGUCCUGAAGGAAUGGAAGUUGAAAUAACACUUUUUUUGAACAGACGCAGACGCGUUGUGAAACCCUUUUCUGUCUGACACUCUCCGCGUUUUCAACACUCUCUCACCAAUUCGUUUCUGAAGAGAAGAAAGAUGAAAUAAUAUUGUUUUUGAAGAGACGCAGGCACCUUCUCUGUCUGAGGCUUACUCUCUCAUCAUCUCUUCCACUUAUUAGUAAAAAUCAAUACUUUUCAGACGAUAUGACGUUCGCCAAAGGGUUCAUGACGAUUGUCUACAUGAUCGUUUUCGUCAUCGGCACGCCUGGGAACAUUUGGAUCAUCUACAAGUUGUUGAGAACUGGGUUCCGAAGCCUUUUUCGAACUUUACCAACAAAAAAAUAAAUUUUCAAGGUUAUGGAGCAAGACCGGAGGCCAACUGACAGUUUCACAAAGAUCAAGGAUCUACAUUUUUGCUCUGGCUUGUUCCGACCAGAUCCUGUUAUUAACUCUGCCGGCAACCUCAAGCUAUAAUUAUUAUGGGACGUGGAAAUUCGGAUCUCUGGUGGGUUGCAGUUUUUGAACUUCUUAGGUUCAGAAAACGGGUUUUUCCUAGAAGAGAUUUUCAAAAUAAUGUUUAGGGCUUUAGGAAAAAAAUAAGAGAAUUUGUCUAUAGUCCAUUCACAGCGACUUUUAACCGUCUGACCUGUCUGCGCCCUCUUGAUCUCUCAUCGGAGAGAGAGAAGAGAGCGCAGACAAGCCGGACAGGUAGCGGAUGAGAGAUAAAACUGUUUGAGAAGAGAAAAAGUGCUUUGAGAAAGAGAGGAAGCCCUCUUGAUCUUUCAGCGGAGAGAGAGAAGAGGGCGCAGAGAGGUCGGAAAAAUUCAAAUUGAAGUAGAUAACAGAUAGAGAUAUUUCAGAAAGAAAGUUGAGCCUUCAAAAAUGAUAAAAAUUGUCUAUAGUCCAUUCAUAACGACUUGAAACCGUCUGACCUGUCUGAGCCCUCUUCAUCUUUCAGAGGUGAGAGAGAAGAGAGCGCAGACAAGUCGGAAAGGUUCAAAUUGAAGCGGUUAAUAGUAAGAGAUACUUGAGAAGGAAAUUUGAGUCUUCGAAAUUAAGAAAAAUUGUCUAUAGUCCAUUCAUAACGACUUCGAACCGUCUGACCUAUCUGCGCCCUCUUGAUCUCUCACCGGGGAGAGAGAAGAGAGCGCAGAGAGGUCGGAAAAAUUCAAAAUGAACCAGACGAGGGCAGAAGCCAUUUAAGAAGGGAUAUUAAAGAUUGAAAAUUGAGAAAGUUUGUCUAUAGUUCAUUCAUAGCCACUUGAAUCCGUCUGAGGUGUCUAAGCCCUCUUGAUCUCUCAUCGGCGACAGAGAAGAGAGCGCCGACAAGCCGGACAGGUAGCGGAUAAGAGGAAAAGCUGUUGGAGAAGGGAAAGAGCAUCUCAAGAAAAAAGAUAGCUCAAAAAAUGUGAAGAAUUGUCUAUAGUUCAUUCAUAGCGACUUGAAACCGUCUGACCUGUCUGAGCCCUCUUGAUCUUUCAUCGGUGAGAGAGAAGAGAGCGCAGACAGGUCAGAACUCAAGACCCGCUGAUCCCCGUCAAAUUUCCGACCAGUUGAGCCAACUAGAUUCCAUUUUUCCAGGCCUGCUACUCGAUCAGAUCCGUCGAAAUCUUCGCCAAACUGUUCUCAGUAGUCCUUCUAACAGUGAUGAGCCUGGAGCGGUACAUCAUCGUCUGCACCAAGUGAGUUUUUGGCUUGAAACCGGGACGAGUCGGUACAAUGGACUUUCAGGCUUCGACACAUCUACCAGGCUUGGAUGUCGUUGGUGCCGCUGGCCUUGGGCACACUUUUCGGUGUCGUCCUGCCGACCACCAUUCAUUUUUGCUAUCUGCAACAUUUUCGCUUUGAUAUGUUCGGCGAGGAGGUCGAUGUUCCCGCUGAGGAGGUACCUUUUUCGAUGAACUGGAAGAAAAAAUCGAAUUUCCUUCAAAAUGACACAAAAUUCAUCUGGAUAGGAAGGCUCUGAGAAGCCCAUGAAAGCUCCAAAAAAGGCGCUUACUUUUUGGAUCAUCUUCCGAAGUUCUAGUAACUCGUUUAAAGCUCAAUUGUUCUCAUAGGUCUCUUGAAAGCUAAAAAUAGCUCGGAAGCCAAGGUAUAACAGUUAGCUUCAAACUACCCCCUAGAAAAAAUUCAUUUCAGCCAGAAACCUGGCUCUGCCUUCCCAACAUGACGGACCGCAUCUUCAACGCCUUCGCUCAAUACACCUUCCUUGUCGGUUUCAUCGUCCCGUUUGUCAUCAUGACGAUCUGCUACAUUCUUCUGGUCCGACACGUCAAACGGAAGUACAAACUUCGUCGAGGUAGAAAUUCUUUUUUUUUUCUGAACUUUCGAUUUUUUCUCUUUCUAGGAGAUACUGGAAGCCUUGUUCUUCCGAAUUUUCAUCCAGAUAAUGAUAAAAAUUUUUGCAAAAAAAGUUGGUCACCUAGAGGAGUUGAACUCGGAACCUUCUGACCUGUAUUUUGGGUCACAAACCACUAGACCAUGACUUGAUUUUUACUCUGGAUUGGAUUGAACUUGUUAAUGUCCCUAAAUUAUGUCUCAUUUAUUUGCAAAAAAAAGUUUGGCGCCUAGUGGAAUUGAACUGGACCCUCUGAUUUAUAUUCUGGAUUACUUACCACUAGACCGUGGCUUGAUUUUUACUCUAGAUAGUAUGGAAAUCGAUAUUUUUAGAGAUUUAUAUUCUGGAUUACUUACCACUAGACCGUGGCUUGAUUUUUACUCUAGAUAGUAUGGAAAUCGAUAAUUUUCUCGGAUAACAUCCCAUUUAUUUGCAAAAAAAGUUGUCGGCUAGCGGAAUUGAACUCGAGACCCUUUGAUCUAUAGUUUGCCUCACAUGCCACUAGACCGUGACUUGAUUUUUACUCUAGAUAAUAUUGGAAUUCGUACUGUUCCGCUACUAGACUAUGUCCCAUUCGAUUGCAAAAAAAAGCUGGUCGCCUAGCGGAGUCGAACUCGGGACCCUCUGAACUAUAUUCUAGCUCACAUACGACUAGACCAUGACUCUAUUUUCAUCCUAGAUAAAAGAUGAAAUCGGUGAUGUUCCUAGAUUAUGUCCCAUUUAUUUGCAAAAAAAGUGUUUUUCAUCUAGAGGAAUUGAACUGAUCUAUGUUCUAGACCACAUACCACUAGACCAUGAUUUCAACUUUGUGAACUUUCAGCUCUAUCCCCAGCCGCCAGUGCGAAAUCUUCAAAAGAGCCUCGCUACAUGAGCGAAGUCCGAAAGAGCAUCUGGCGCAUUGCUGUGAGUUUCUUUUCGAUCAUGACGUCACUAUUAUCUUGAUGACGUCAUUAGUUUCUUUGAUGACGUCAUUAAAGUAGUUAGAGCCUUGAGAAUGGUUGGAACGUCAUUGAAAUAGUUAAAACGCCUAGAAAAAGCAAAAAAUUAGACAAUUAAACUUCUUUGUAUUCUCAAUUUGAUUUGUGGAGUUUUUUUCCGUUAUGACGUCAUAAAAAUAAUUGUUGACGUCAUUCUUCUUGAAAAUCGCUUUAUGACGUCACCAAAUUUCCAGGUCUUUCACUUUGUGUGCUGGGCACCCUUCUGGGGCUUUACUAUGCUGCCUCACUACAUCUCCUGGUGGGCGCCGACGUCGCCAGAAGCCCCAUCGACGGCGGCGCCGACGGAGAGCGACAUGAACGACAUGGUCGAGCCGUUGUGGUUCGUCUACUGUCGGCUCUUCGCCAACUGCCUGCCCUACAUUAACGCCGCCGGUUAGUUGGACUUUUGGUGUACCGACUUGCGCCGGUUUGAAGCUCAAGUUGCUCAAGAACGUACCUUUAAAAAGCUCUUACUGUCAAAUUUUUGAUUAAAUUUUUCCCUAUGCUCCUUUAAUUACUUCGAGAACGUGUUUUGAUUUCAUCUGCAUCUUUAAAUUUAGUGAUGACGUCACUGACGUCAAAAACAAAGAUCUCACUUUUGAAAAUAGUGACGUCAUGUUUUUCGAGUUAUUUUGGUGAUAAUGAAGCAAAUUUUUGGACUUUAAUGACGUCAUGAAAAUCGUAACUUUCGAUAGUGACGUCAUGACUUUGUUUAUUUUUUACUUUCCGAUAUAAUUUCACUGAAUAUGACUCGAUAAAUUUGAUAAAUAUGUCAAAAAGACGCUUUCCAACGAUUCAAAUUUUAGAGAAAAAUAGUUGAAAUUUACUUUUGAAGAUAGUGACGUCACAAAUUCAUAAACUUUUUCGAGAAAGGUCAAAAUUUGAAAAAUUUUAGCGUCAGAAUCAUUUUUAGCAAUGCUUAAAAAUUUCAAAGGUUUAUUUUUCUGUAUAAUUGUUGAUUUUUUUCAGGAAACUGGGUACUGUAUGCACUUCUCAACGUCGACGUCCGCAAACACAUCUACAACCAGCCGAAAAAGAAGCGCCGCUUCACGAUCAAAUUCAAGCCGUCAAUAAUAAUUCGUCUAAUUAUUAACUGA